ACACAUCAUGGAAGAGUCCCCGUUUCGCUCCACACUAUCACCUUUCUCCCCGCGAAGAAAGCUGGGGAUUUUGUUGCUUCUGCAAUUUGUGAUCUGUAUCGCCGGCUUUAACCUGGAACAGCGAUUGCCGAUCGUGAAAUAUGGCCAUCCGCACUCGAAUUUCGGCUACUCGGUGGCCACCCACACAAUUGGCGAGGUCAAUGGGCCCAACAAAACAAAUUGCGUUUUAGUGGGAGCUCCACUGGAUCAAAAUCGACAGCCGAACACCUCACAUUCUGGCGCCCUCUGGCGGUGUCCCAUGACACAGAGUUUCGACGACUGCGAACAAGUGAUCACCGAUGGCAGGCGAUCGAACGGAACAUAUGAGACUCAAUUUAAUAAGACUUUCGAUAGCGAAAUCCUCUCACCGCCCGGUAAUGACGAAAUCAAGGAGGACCAAUGGAUGGGCGUUACGGUGCGAUCGAGUCCCCUACAAGCCAAUGGAUCCGGUGGAAAGGUGGUCGUAUGCGCCCAUCGCUAUAUGUACAUCGUUCGGGAGAAUCGCUAUGGCCAAGGUCUCUGCUAUUUACUUACAAACGAUCUGCAGUUCGAAGAGGUCCAUGAACCCUGCAAAGGACGACCUGUACAAAGACAACACGAGGACUACGGACUGUGCCAGGCGGGAACAUCGGCGGCCCUUCUGGACGACGACACCAUGGUAUUGGGCUCCCCCGGUCCGUACACGUGGCGCGGAUCCAUCUGGGUGACCCAGGUGGGCGGGGAGUACCUGCAGCGCGACAAGACGACCUACUACAGUGAUCACUCGGACACCAGCUCGAAGGUGAAGAAGUACAGCUACCUGGGCAUGUCGGUGACCGGUGGCCGUUUCUUUGGCCAGAUGUCCUAUGCGGCCGGAGCUCCGCGCUCGCAGGGCCACGGACAGGUGUUGAUUUUCGACAAGUCCACGAAUAACCCAAUUCCGGUUCACUUGACCCUGGACGGUGAGCAGUUCGGCUCGAGUUUCGGCUACGAACUGGCCACCGCCGACGUGAACGGCGAUCAUCGACCGGACCUGAUAGUCGCUGCCCCGCUGUACUUCACCAAAACGGAGGGCGGAGCGGUGUACGUUUACCAGAAUGACCGGGACACGUUGCCCCUGAAGCAUACGCUCAAGCUGACGGGCAGUUUGGAGAGUCGCUUCGGUUUGGCCCUGGCCAAUAUCGGGGAUCUGAACAAGGACAACUGCGAGGAUCUGGCGGUGGGAGCUCCGUACGAGGGCAAUGGCGUCGUCUACAUCUACUUGGGCUCGCGACAGGGACUCAACUCGAAGCCGGCCCAGAAGAUCCAGGCCUCGGAGCUGGGCGGCACCAUGCCCACUGGCCAGCCGCCGAUUCGCACCUUCGGCAUCUCGAUAUCGGGCAACACGGACCUCGAUGACAACUCCUAUCCGGAUGUGGUGAUCGGAGCGUUCAACUCCUCGGCGGCGGUAAUUCUGCUGGCCCGACCCAUCAUCAGCAUCCAGACGAACGUGAAGCGGGACGAGCUGCGCAACAUGGAUCCCAAUAAACCGGGCUGCCUCGCCGAUCGCGGCAGCAAUCUCACCUGCUUCACCUUCGAGGCCUGCUGCAGCAUCGAUCCGUACGACGAGCGGAGCAAGGAGCUCCAGUUGUCGUACAGCGUCGAGACGGAGACCUUCGAUCAGCUGAAGAAGUUCUCGCGCGUCUUCUUCGAUCGGGACAACAAGCGGAGCAACGUGCUCAGUCGCGAUGUGAGGGUGCAGACGGAUGGAAGGAUGCACUGCCAGGCGAUUACGGGCUACAUCAAGGCGAAUACCCGUGACAUCCAGACGCCGGUGCGCUUCCGAUUGAAGUACUCGCUGGUGGAACCGCCACUGGCCGACUCCGCCUUGACGCGCCUCAAUCCGAUAUUGGACCAGACCCAGGCGCACAUCGACUUCGAGGGCACCUUCCAGAAGGACUGCGGCGAUGACGAUCUCUGCGAGAGCAAUCUGGUUAUCCGGGCGGAGCCGAACAUCACUCAGUCCUCGGCCAACGAAUACACCUUGAUCCUGGACGAAACGGAACUGGAGGUUCGCAUCAAUGUGACCAAUCUGGCGGACUCGGCCUACGAAGCUCAGCUGUUCAUCGUUCAUCAGGCGGGAGUUUCCUAUGUGGCCACCAAGAAGCCGACGAAUGCCACUUGCAACAGCUACAACACGACCAUGGUGGCCUGCAGCCUGGGCAAUCCCAUGCUGCGCGGCACCACCACAUUCGUGACCAUACGCUUCCAGCCAAAGGGACUGGAGCCGAGCGAGAAGUCCAUGCUGUUCCACAUCUUUGCCAAUACCACCUCCAAGUUGGUGGGCCGGGAACGUCCCGAAAGGGAUCUCCUGGUGAAUGUGCUGCGUCGGGCGAAGCUGAACUUCCGUGGUUGGGCGAUACCCGAGCAGAGUUUCUACAGCGGAUCGAGCGUGGCUACCUCGGCAGUUAGUACAACUGAGGUGGCCGAUGUCGAGGGACACGGUCCCAUGGGAAUGGACGACGUGGGCUCGCAGGUCCACCACAUGUACACCAUCUUCAACGAGGGACCCUCGACGGCGCCGAAGGUCAAGAUGGUCAUCCACUGGCCGUACUCGCUGUACAGUGACCCGCAGAGCGGUCGACCCGUCCAGUAUCUGCUCUAUCUGGAGCAGGUGCCCACCGUGGAGGUCAGCCAGGGCGAGUGCCACGUGGCCAAGGAGUAUGUGAAUCCCCUGAACUUGGCCAGUGGCUCGCGGGAGAGUCCCGCCGCCUUCCUGACUGCCCCCGCCCAGAUGCGAAUGUUCCCCACGCAGUCGCGGCAUUCGUUCAACAAGAGUCUGAUCCACUCGCAGAGGUCCUAUUAUCGCGAGGAGGAUCGUUCGCAGCAUCGCAAUCGAGUGCGUCGCAAUUUCCUGGAGCGAGUCACCCGUCUGGAGAGGCUGAUGUACGAUCCCGAGACGAGCAAUGCGGCGGGCACCGGCGGCAAGAAGCAGGACAUCGUGGAGCUGGACUGCAACAAGGGGGCCACGAACUGCGUUCGCAUCGAGUGCGAGAUCCUCAAUAUGCCCGCCCUGUCCGAGGCCCAGGUGGUGGUCAAGGCCCGCCUGUGGAACUCGACGCUGGUCAGCGAGUAUCCCCGCGUGGAGAGGGUCAGGAUCUUCUCGACGGCCACGGCCCAAAUACCCGAAAGCUAUGGCGUCGAGGUGAUGGAGCACAACAACAUUGAGGUGGAGACGCGUGCCUAUCCGGAGCUGAGGAACCAGCAGCGCGACACCUCGAUACCCUGGCUCAUCAUCAUCCUUGGCAUCGUGGGCGGACUGCUCCUCCUGGCGCUGUUCACCUAUCUGCUGUGGAAGUGCGGCUUCUUCAAGCGCAUCCGACCCACCGAUCCGACGCUCAGCGGCAAUCUGGAGAAGAUGAACGAGGAGAAGCCCUUUUUGGCGCCGGCGAAGAAUUCGCAUCACGGUAUCUAACAAGAGGGCACCGUCGGCUGGGAUUUGGUGCGACGUCGGAGGCGUCGACGCCGUCUGAAGCUGUCACUUCCGCUUCCGGUUCCGCAACGACCACGUCAUGGCUGGCGGAAAAAUGCGGAAAAUUCGAAGAGUAGUAGUAAUAACAACAACAAGAACAAUGACAGCGAAAUUGACGUGCUUUCGCUGACGCCGCCGCCGCCGCCGCUCAGCAUCCUCAGCUGGGGAAACGAUGGCUACUACCAGGCCAGCGCCGCCUGGUGGGGUCACCACAUGUGAUCGGAGCGGGGUCACCAGUGGGUCAUGUGGGUUGUGGUUCAAUGUGCCAUUUCGUUUACUUAAUGCAGCGGGCUAAGUUCAGUUCAGUGGAUGUGGAGACCAGAGGGAAUUGACAUCAGCUAAAUCUAUUAUAAAUGUGUAAUAAAAAGGAAAUGGGAGUAUGUACUUCAGAGCUCUCGGAGGGGCUAAGUUUUUAAAAAGAUUCCACAUAAAACCUAUAAAAGUCUAAGUUUUAUAAAUAAAUAACUAUAGAAA